AUGAAGGCAACCAAGUUCAAGCACCGUCUCGCCACAGAGUACAUGCAGCAGCCGUCGUACAAUGCGUAUGCUAAUUACUUCGCUGCAGCAGCGGCCUUGGGAGCGCAGCAGACGGGCCAGAUGCCGCCGGGUGCGCACCCAAUGCACAUGCACCCCCCCCAGAUGGCGCCCAUGAUGCUGGCCGGGUAUGCCCCUGUACAAAACACGAAGGACAACCCGCCAUGUAACACGCUAUUCGUGGGCAACCUAAGCGAGAGUGUCUUGGAAAGCGAGCUGAGGGGGCUCUUUCACAGUCAGCCAGGGUUUCGGCAGAUGAAAAUCUUGCGGCAGCAGAAUGGGACGACAUGCUUUGUAGAGUUCAUGGACAUCCCCUCCGCAAUGAAUGUACACCACAACCUGCAAGGAGCCAUCCUGGCGUCGAGCACCGACAAGGGCGGGAUGCGCAUUCAGUACUCGAAGAACCCGUACGGCCGAAAGAAAGAAUCGCCGCCGCCAGCAGCUCACGACGAAGGGCAGGGUGGAGAACAUUACCGCGGUUCGCGGCCUGCAAGCUUCUAA